AUGCAACACCCAGGCUGCAACAUCUUUGUGCUGAACGCUUCUGCAUCCACUGGGCUUCGCUUGCACCCUGAUCACGCACCGUGUGACUGGGAGAAUCACCAGUUCGCGUCGGAGGUGUGGCUUGACCGCGCCCUGCAGGAAGGGACGAUGGCUGGCAAAGAGCCGGUCUGGGCUGUGACGGACCCGGCAAAGGCAGAUCUGAUCUUCAUCACCGGCCUCGACUUUGCAUUGUGGUGCGUGCGAGAGCUCGGCGAGACCAGGGACUGGCUCACGCAGCCUGAUCCAGCGCUGCGCCUUCGAGGUCGCGGCUGCGCCACAAACUCAUCGCACGCCGUGCCUCCCGCACGGGCCUAUGUCCACACAAGCGGCGGGCUGCUGUCAUCACAUCCAGCCGCGAGGAAGCUCAUGUGGAAACGGCUGCUUGAAGUGCCGAUCAUUGCGGGCGCCACCGGCCGUGCGCUGCCGGUCGUCCUCGUCCACACGAACAAUGAGUGCUCGCCGCCGUGGGCAUUGGCGAUGCAGCCGCCGCCCAACAUUCUCAAGCUGCACACGCAGGACCGUCGGCCGAGGCCGUUCGAUCGAGUGAUUCCCUUUGCGAUCGCAUCGCCGGACUGGUUGGUGGGGGAUGCGCCGCCGCCCGCCGUGCCGCGAUGGCCCGCGCGGCGCCUGCUGUUCUUCGCCGGGCACGUGCCCAAGCUGUACAUCUCGUCGACGCGCUUCAAGAUCUGGCAGCAGCUGUGGAACCAGAGCGGCGUCACCGUACUCAGCUCGACGAUCGACUGCACGGUCGGCAGCUUCGACAUCUGCACCUCGCCGCAGCGGAUCGACAGAGAGUAUGCCACCUUCUGCAAGCCGCCGCAGUCGUCGUGCAGGCCCAAGAAGUCCAAGGGCGACAAGUGUGCGUCCUCACCGUCGAAGCUGCGCCACCUCUGCCUUUUCUAUCGACAGGUCAAUUGGCCCACGGAGCGCGCCGCAAUGCGCCUCGCCUCGCGCUCGCUGCCGCGCGGCGCCUUCCUCGCCCUUGCCGCGGCGCACAAGUUCUUCCUCGUCGCGCCGGGUGAUUUCACCUCCACGCGCAAGGUCGCCGAGGCGAUGGCGCUCGGCGGCGCCGCGGGCGCCCUCCCCCUCUUCGUCGUGCCGAGGGGCGGCUGGAAGCCCGCGCUCGCCGCGCUGCCGUAUUCGUCGUGGCUCGACUACUGCAGCGCCGCGCUCUUCGUCGCGGAGGCCACCAUCCGCUCCUUCUGUGUCGCCCGGGCGCGGAUGCCGAGCUCCAGCAUCGCCUGCCUUGAGCACGUCAACAUCAACAGCGACAGCCCGAUCGAGGCCUGCACAUUCUACCUCGAUGGCAUGGGCUUCGUGCAGGACCCGCGGCAGGGUGCGCUCGUAGACGGGAAAGUGUACAUCAACAACGUCAUGUGGCUGACUGCGGGCAUCAACCAGCUCCACAUCCCUAUCACUAGCCGUGGCUGCUCGGGCGCCGAGCGUAAUGUGUUGCGUGGCAUCAUCGGCCUCGCCUACGAGGAUAUCGAGGGCCUGUGCUCUCGGCUCGAGUCCAUUGAGACGGCACUCGCAGGCACGCAGUUCCGUUGGAGCAUGCGCGAUGAGAGCACAGUGGACAUAUGUGGGCCGGACGGCAACCGCUUCCUGGCGCACCAGCAGCCAGCAGGCGCUCGUGACACGCGGGGCUUUCAUCCCGGCCCACCCUCGCUCUGCCUGGGCUUCCAAUACGUGGAGUUGGACUGCCCCACCGGCGCGGCACCCGCCAUCGCUGCCUACUACAAGCACUACUUCGAGGCUGCGGUGGAGGUGAGGCAGCAGGGUCUGCCCGCUCAGACUGCAGUCAUCCUGACAGGCGGUACCGAGCACUGCACCGAGCUUCGAUACGCCGAGCGCGCUGACUACGCGUGCACGCCGGAGGCGCCCUACUCGCUCGCCAGCUAUGGCAUCCACCUCUGCGUCUACAUGCCGGACGAGCUCCUGCCGUUGACGAUGCAGCGGCUGGCAGACGACGGGCUCCUCUGGGACAACCCGCGCUUUGGUUCUCUCGACCGCUCACUCGGCUCGUCGCAAUUCCGGUGCAAGGACAUUGUGGACGUUAAAGCGCGCAAGCGGCACGAGGGGCCGCUGCCUCUGGUGAUGGAGAUGGAGCACGAGGUCCGACUUGCGUCGCAUGACACCAGCCCUUUCCUCGCGCAAGAGCCGUACACCGUUGCCGGUCGCGAGCCCGUGCCGCGCCUAGUCGUCAGCGAGGUCAGCAGCUUUGAGAAGGACUGGCCAGCGGUGCGAGCAGAGAAGAACGCGGCGACAGUCGGAUAUAUGCCAUCCGCGAUGCUGGUGCACGACGUGGACAUCGACGACGUCGAGUACCUCCGCCAUGACGACAAGCCUUUUCUGGCAACCAUCUUCAAGCCCGUGGGGCAGGGGCCCUUUCCAGUGGCGCUCGAGGUGCACGGAGGAUGUUGGUGUCGCGGAUCACGUGAGAAGAGCCGGCCGACCAACGUGGCCUUGGCGCAGAGGGGCGUUAUCGUCGUGGCAAUCGACUUUCGGACUUGCGCAUAUCCGGCCUCGCUGGCCGACAUCCACUACGCGGUCCGUUGGGCGAAGGGGGAGGCUCCGUCCUGGAACGGCGUGCCGGAGUGCAUCGGGCUCCUGGGAACCUCGUCGGGGGCGCACCAAGCGAUGCUGCUCGGCCUGCGCCCCGGCGAUCCUCGCUACGCCGUGCUGCCACCGCCUCCGGGACCACAGGGGGCAGUCGUCGAUGGCACCGUCUCCUACGUCAUCAUGCUGUCCCCGGUGAUGGACCCGCUCGGCCGCUAUCAGUAUGCCAAGGGGCGACGCACAGACGUCAAACCGCCUGCUGACUUCAAUGCCGAGUUGAUACUGUCUCUCCACGACCAGUAUUGGGGCUCGGAGGAAGCCAUGGCCGAGGGAGCUCCGGCACGAAUCCUUCGGCGCGGCGAGAAGACGGCCCUCCCGCCGACGCUCGUCAUUCACCACCAGUACGAAAGCCCGCACCCAAGACCCGACGUGGACAGCUUUGUCGAGGAGUUUCGCAAAGCGGGAGGGCAAGUCGCGGUCCAUGUCCUGCCUGGCACCUUUCCCGGGCCAUCCCGAAGCUCGUACUGGAUGAAUGAUGACGUGAGGGCACCCGCUGCAAACAAGGUCCUUCGCGACAUGGCUGGCUUUGCCCAGCAGCACUGUCAGCAGUGUCGCCUGCGGGAAGGUUCGUAG